UCAGUUGCUCGCCGUUGGACCAGUCGCGCACACACCUCGCGGAGUUUUCCUGUUGCUGCUGAUUUGCUGCAAAAACCGGCCCGUGGAUUACGGUUUUUGCAGUCACCUCUGGAAUUUGCUGGAAAAUCGUGAAAAUCAGUGUUUAUUUUGUGUGGGAAAAAGCUCAAUUUAACAUCGAAACCCAAUUGAGUGCAAAAUAGGAAAAAUUCAAAACCCAAACCCCUCGCCAAGUGAAUUUAGUACGGAUUAGCAAGUUAACUGUGACCCUUAAAAUACACUUAAAUAACGCAAAAAUUGCGAAGCAAAAACGAAUGUCGACUGUUAAAAACCACAAGUGAUUUAAAAGAUAAAAUUUUACUGAAAAUUGAAAGUUCCCAAGACGCAUGAAAUAACGGCUAGGGAAAGUCCGUAGUUUUUGUUCGUUAUUUUCUUUUUUCGCCGGCGUUUUGUCGGUGGAGAGGCCUUGAAAUAAGCAACCGGACACCAGAAACGGCCCUCCGAGGAUAGAGAGGGAACGGAGUAGCAGAGCUGCGCGCAACAGACAGGACGACUGCCAGCAACCAUGGCGGAAGCGGAAGGAGGAUCCGAGCAGGAUGAUGUCUCAUUUCUGCGGACGGAAGACAUGGUCUGUCUGUCCUGCACGGCAACCGGCGAGCGUGUCUGCCUGGCGGCCGAGGGCUUCGGCAACCGGCACUGCUUCCUCGAGAACAUCGCCGACAAGAACAUCCCGCCGGACCUAUCGCAGUGCGUGUUCGUGAUCGAGCAGGCCCUCUCGGUGCGUGCCCUGCAGGAGCUGGUCACGGCCGCCGGUUCCGAAACCGGCAAUGAGUCGGUAGGCAAGGGAACCGGUUCCGGCCACCGGACGCUGCUGUACGGCAAUGCUAUCCUGCUGCGUCACAACAACAGUGAUAUGUACCUAGCGUGCCUUUCCACCUCGUCCUCCAACGACAAGCUGUCGUUCGACGUAGGUCUGCAGGAGCACAGCCAGGGUGAGGCGUGCUGGUGGACGGUCCAUCCGGCGAGCAAGCAGCGUUCCGAGGGUGAGAAGGUUCGCGUCGGUGACGACCUGAUCCUGGUCUCGGUCGCGACCGAGCGUUAUCUGCAUACCACCAAGGAGAACGACCUGUCCGUGGUCAACGCGAGCUUCCACGUCACCCACUGGAGCGUGCAGCCGUACGGAACCGGCAUCUCGCGCAUGAAGUACGUCGGUUACGUGUUUGGCGGCGACGUGCUGCGGUUCUUCCACGGCGGUGACGAAUGUCUAACGAUACCGAGUACAUGGGGCGAAGAGCCCGGGCAGAACAUUGUGGUAUACGAGGGUGGUUCGGUGAUGUCGCAGGCUCGAUCGCUGUGGCGACUGGAGCUGGCCCGUACCAAGUGGGCCGGUGGCUUCAUCAACUGGUCCCACCCGAUGAGGAUCCGACAUCUGACCACGGGUCGCUACCUGGGCGUCAACGAGAACAACGAGCUGAUCCUGAUGACCCGGGAUCAGGCCACCACGACGCAGACCGCGUUCGUGCUGCGUUCGGAGAAGGACGACCAGAAGGUGAUCCUCGAGGAUAAGGAUCUGGAGAUUAUCGGUGCUCCGAUCAUCAAGUAUGGUGACUCGACCGUCAUCAUGCAGCACUACGAAACCGCACUGUGGGUCAGCUACAAGAGCUACGAAACCAAGAAGAAGGGCGUCGGCAAGGUCGAGGAGAAACAGGCCAUGCUGCACGAGGAGGGUAAGAUGGACGACGGGUUGGACUUUUCCCGCUCGCAGGAGGAAGAAUCCCGUACGGCGCGGGUCAUCCGCAAGUGUAGCCAUCUGUUCACCAAGUUCAUCGGGGGUCUCGAAACGCUCCAGGAGAACCGUCGCCACUCGAUCUUCCUGCAGACGGUCAAUCUGGGCGAGAUGGUGAUGUGCUUGGAGGAUCUGAUCAACUACUUUGCCCAGCCGGAAGACGACAUGGAACACGAGGAGCGACAGAACCGACUGCGUGCCCUGCGUAACCGUCAGGAUCUGUUCCAGGAGGAAGGCGUGCUGAACCUGAUCCUGGAGGCCAUCGACAAGAUCAACGUCAUUUCGUCCCAGGGCUUCCUGGCGUCGUUCUUGGCGAGUGACGAGUCCGGCCAGAGCUGGGAAAUGAUCUCCGGCUAUCUGUACCAGCUGCUCGCCGCCAUCAUCAAGGGCAAUCACACCAAUUGUGCCCAGUUUGCCAACUCGAACCGGCUGAACUGGCUGUUUUCCCGUCUGGGAUCGCAGGCUUCCAGCGAGGGUUCCGGCAUGUUGGAUGUACUCCACUGCGUGCUGAUCGAUUCUCCGGAAGCGCUGAACAUGAUGCGAGACGAACACAUCAAGGUCAUCAUCUCGCUGCUCGAGAAGCAUGGCCGUGACCCGAAGGUUCUGGACGUCCUUUGCUCGCUGUGCGUCGGUAACGGAGUCGCGGUGCGAUCUUCGCAGAACAACAUUUGUGACUUUUUGCUACCGGGUAAGAACCUGCUGCUGCAGACGAGCUUGGUGGAUCACGUUGCCAGCAUCCGGCCGAACAUUUUUGUUGGACGCGUCGAGGGAUCGGCAGUGUAUCAGAAGUGGUACUUUGAAGUCACCAUGGAUCAUAUCGAGCAGACUACGCACAUGAUGCCACAUCUAAGAAUUGGUUGGGCCAACAAUACCGGCUACGUUCCGUACCCCGGAGGUGGCGAACGGUGGGGUGGAAACGGUGUUGGUGACGAUCUGUACUCGUACGGUUUUGAUGGUGUUCACUUUUGGUCUGCCGGCAAGAAGACUCGCGUGGUCAAUGCCGACAUUACAGAACCGUACAUCAAAAAGGGCGACGUCAUCGGUUGUACACUGGAUUUGAGCGUUCCGGUGAUCCGGUUCACGUUCAACGGUGAACCCGUGCACGGAUGCUUUACCGAUUUCAACCUGUACGGCAUGUUCUUCCCAGUGAUGAGCUGCUCGUCCAAGCUGAGUUGUCGGUUCCUGUUUGGAGGCGAUCACGGUCGUCUCAAGUUCAACCCACCACCAGGAUUCUCUCCAUUGGUGCAGUGCCUUAUGCCCCACCAAAACCUUAGCCUGGACCCGUGCUUCUACUUUGGAAAUUUGAACAAGAACGUCCUCGCCGGACCGUGGAUGGUGGAGGAUGACUCCGCGUUCGUUCCAAAACCAACCGACACUUCCACCGUAACACUACCAGCUUCCGUAGAAACGAUCAAGGAUAAGCUAGCGGAGAACAUCCACGAGAUGUGGGCUUUGAACAAAAUCGAAGCCGGUUGGACCUGGGGAGAACGUCGUGACGACAUGUACAGAGUCCAUCCGUGCUUGACGUCCUUCGAGAAGCUGCCAGCUGCUGAAAAGCGAUACGAUUGCCAACUGGCUGUCCAAACGCUCAAAACGAUCCUCGCUUUGGGAUACUACAUCUCGGUCGACAAACCACCGGCAAGAAUUCGUCCCAUCCGCUUGCCCAACGAUCCGUACAUGCAAGGCAACGGAUACAAGCCUGCUCCGCUCGAUCUGAGCGCUGCUGUGCUGAACCCCAAGAUGGAGGAGCUGAUCGACCAGCUCGCGGAAAACACGCACAACCUGUGGGCCAAGGAGCGCAUCCAACAGGGCUGGACCUACGGUCUGAACGAAGACGGCGAGAACCGUCGCAGCCCCCAUCUGGUCCCGUACGGCAAGGUCGACGAAGCGAUCAAGAAGGCUAACCGGGACACCGCCUCGGAGACGGUCCGCACGCUGCUGAUCUACGGUUACAACCUGGACCCACCGACCGGCGAGGCCAACGAAGCUCUGGCUGCCGAAGCGUUCCGCAUGAAGUUUGCCGCGUUCCGGACGUACCGUGCGGAGAAGAACUACGCCGUCACCUCCGGCAAGUGGUACUUUGAGUUUGAAGUGCUGACCGCCGGACCGAUGAGGGUCGGUUGGGCCCGCGCGGACUGCAACCCGGGCACCAUGCUUGGCAGUGACGAUUCUUCGUGGGCUUUCGACGGCUACAAUGAAGAAAAAGUGUCUGGAGGUGCAACGGAAUCAUUCGGCAAACAGUGGGUACCUGGCGAUAUCGUUGGUGUAUUUCUUGACUUAGUGGAUCAUACGAUCAGUUUUUCACUCAACGGUGAACUGCUGAUGGACGCCCUCGGUGGUGAAACCACCUUUGCCGAUGUGACCGCACCGGAAGGCGUCGGUUUCGUGCCGGCCUGCACUAUCGGAAUUGGCCAGAAAGCUCGCGUCGUGUACGGCCAGGACGUUGACUCGCUCAAGUGGUUCACCACUUGCGGUUUGCAAGAGGGUUACGAACCGUUCUGCGUAAACAUGAAGCGUGCCGUCACGCACUGGUACACCAAGGACCAGCCCAUCUUCGAGAACACCGAGGACAUCCCGGACUGCAAGAUCGAUGUGAACCGCAUUCCGGGUGGUGCCGAUACGCCGCCGUGUCUGAAGAUCUCGCACAACACCUUCGAAACGAUGGAGAAGGCCAACUGGGAGUUUCUGCGACUGUCGCUUCCGGUUACCUGCGCCGCGACGUUUAUCGAUGAACACGAAAAGAUGCGCCGCUGGGAGGAGAUCCGUAUCCGGCAGCACCGGUUGAUGGCCGAAGCCGCCGAGCACCAGACGUCGGCCCACUUUGACCACAUCAUGAAGAGUGGCUUCACGAUGAACGAUCUGAAGGGACUGCAGCGUAACUACUCGGACGAUGCUGCCGAAGCGGACGAGGGAAUGCGCAACGGACCGCAGCGUCCGUCGCGGGUGACCCGCCGUGGAGAAGGACUCAGCCCACCGGGAAUCGAAAUCAACGGCGAGCACAUGUCGGACGGCGAGAACGCAUACUCCGACAACGAGCUGGAGGGAGACGACCGUAAGAAGCGAGGCCGCAGUCCGUUCCGGCUGUUUGGCAAGAAGCGCGAUCAGAGCAAGGACAAGAUCAAGGAACGGCGUACGCCGGAACCGGAACCCCGCAAGGGAGCCGUGCAGCAGCGGGCCGUUGCUCGUAACGCUACGAUGCGUACCUCUACGGCCGAUCUGCGCGGUCAGCAACCGAUGUCUCCGGAGCGUAAGGGUACCAUGGGAGCAGGUUCACCGGUGGAAUCGUUCGGAAACGAAGUGUACGAUGCCGAGUGUCUUAAGCUGAUUAACGAGUACUUCUACGGAGUGCGAAUCUUCCCCGGUCAGGAUCCGACCCACGUGUUCGUCGGUUGGGUGACGACGCAGUACCACGUGCACAGCACGAACUUUAACCAGGACAAGGUGCGACAUGCGUCUAUCUUCGUCGAGGACGAAAACGACAGGACCGUGGAAGUUAUCAACCGCCAGUCGUGCUACAUGGUCCGUGCCGACGAGCUGUUCAACGAAGUUUCCCAGGACGCUUCCGGCAAGGGAGCUUCCCAGGGAAUGUUCAUUGGAUGCUUCGUCGAUACCGCCACCGGCACGAUUCGCUUUACCUGUGAGGGUAAGGAAACUUCGCACGUGUUCCUGAUGGAAUCCGAGACCAAGCUGUUCCCGGCCAUCUUCGUCGAGGCCACUAGCAAGGAAAUCCUACAGAUCGAACUUGGCCGCACGCCAACGACUCUGCCCUUGUCGGCGGCGGUCCUCCCGACCGGUGACAAACAUAUCAAUCCCCAGUUCCCACCGAGGUUGAAGAUCCAGUGCUUGAAACCGCACCAGUGGGCUCGUGUACCGAACACCGCCCUGCAAGUGCACGCCCUCAAGCUGUCCGACAUACGCGGUUGGUCAAUGCUUUGCGAGGAUCCAGUCUCGAUGCUUGCGCUGCACAUCCCUGAAGAGGAUCGCUGCAUCGACAUCCUGGAACUCAUCGAAAUGGAUCGACUGUUAUCGUUCCAUGCGCACACAUUGACGCUGUACUCGGCACUGUGCUACCAGUCCAACUACCGUGCAGCUCACGCUUUGUGUGCCCAUGUCGAUCAGAAGCAGCUGCUUUACGCUAUCCAAUCCGAAUACAUGAGCGGACCGCUGCGUCUAGGCUUCUACGAUCUGCUGAUUGCCCUCCAUCUGGAAUCUCACGCUACUACAAUGGAGGUCUGCAAGAACGAGUUCAUUAUCCCACUGGGACCGGAACUAAAAGAGCUGUACACUGAUCCGGAAAUGUGUCACUCGCUCCGCUCACUGCAAACCCUUUCCGUAAAACCCCAAAUGAACAUGACCGAGAUCGCAUCACCCAAUCCCCCACAAUCGAAUAUGCCAGCCUUAGUAGCACCAGAUUCUUCCAGUGAACCGAUACCGGCAAUUGAUUCGCUUUAUUCGCCAAGAUUCCCUCUCGAAGUGGUGAGAGAGUUUGUGAUGACCGCCUUGAAAGAGGCCGUCGAGAUUAACCAAGUUCACAAUCGCGAUCCGAUUGGUGGAUCCAACGAAAACAUGUUCCUCCCGCUGAUCAAGCUGACCGACAGACUGCUGCUGGUCGGUGUGAUCACCAACGAGGACGUGGAGAAGAUUCUGAUUUUGAUCGAUCCAGAAACGUGGGAUCCGGCGUUCGAGAAGGAAGGUAAGGAUGAGCAUCGCAAGGGUUUGCUUACCAUGAAGAUGGCCGAGGGUGCCAAACUGCAGAUGUGCUACCUGCUGCACCAUCUGUACGACGUCCAGCUGAGACACAGAACCGAGAGUAUCAUCGCGUUUUCCUACGACUACGUUUGCGAUCUGCAGUCGGAUCAGUUGCGCAGAUACAUCGAGAUCAAGAUGUCGGAUCUGCCGAGUGCCGUCGCGGCCAAGAAGACCCGUGAGUUCCGCUGUCCACCGCGCGAGCAAAUGAACGCAAUUCUGUGCUUCAAGAACCUGGAAGGUGAAGACUUGGAAAACUGCUCCUGUGGCCUUGAUCUGCGCGACCGUUUGAUCGAGUUCCACGAUAAGCUUAUGGGUAAGGUAUCGCUGAAUGCGCUGCAGGAACCAGAGGAAGAAUCCACCGAUGCUGCCGAAGACACCAGACCGGGUGCGCUGAAGAAGCUGUACAACUUUAUCAACACCGUAAAGGAGCUGGAAGAAGAUCCCAAAGAACCAGAAGAGGUCGAGAAGAAGACCCCAGAGGAAGUGUUCCGCAAAGUGCUGAUCAAGCAGCUGGUCCAGUGGGCUGAAGAGUCCCAGAUCGAAAAUCCCAAGCUGGUUCGAGAGAUGUUCAGCUUGCUGGUGCGCCAGUAUGACACAAUCGGCGAGUUGAUCAACGCUUUGAGCAAGACCUACGUUAUCAACUCCAAGACAACGGCGGAUGUGGCCAACAUGUGGGUUGGUUUAAGUCAAAUCCGUGCCCUGCUGCCGGUACAGAUGAGCCAAGAGGAGGAGGAGUUGAUGCGCAAGCGGCUGUGGAAGCUCGUAAACAACGCAACCUUCUUCCAGCAUCCGGAUUUGAUCCGUAUUCUGCGUGUGCACGAGAACGUUAUGGCCGUCAUGAUGAACACCCUGGGCCGUCGUGCUCAAGCACAAAGCGACGCUCCGGUGCAGUCCACCGAAGGAGAAGAGGCUGCACCGAAAGAAAAAGACACCUCCCAUCAGAUGGUGGUGGCUUGCUGUCGUUUCCUGUGUUAUUUCUGUAGAACUGGUCGUCAGAACCAGCGUGCCAUGUUUGAUCACUUUGACUUCCUGCUGGAAAACUCCAACAUUUUGCUGUCCCGUCCAAGUCUGCGAGGGUCGACCCCGCUGGACGUGGCCUAUUCCAGUUUGAUGGAGAACACGGAACUGGCGUUGGCACUGCGUGAGCACUACCUGGAGAAGAUUGCCAUCUAUCUGUCUCGUUGUGGUCUCCAGAGCAACUCUGAGCUCAUCGAGCGCGGCUAUCCCGAUCUGGGAUGGGAUCCGGUGGAAGGUGAGCGCUAUCUUGAUUUCUUACGCUUCUGCGUGUGGGUUAAUGGCGAGAGCGUCGAGGAGAACGCCAACUUGGUCAUCCGUCUGUUGAUCCGUCGUCCAGAGUGUCUGGGUCCCGCUCUACGCGGCGAGGGUGAAGGUCUGUUGAAGGCCAUAAUCGAUGCCAACAAGAUGUCCGAGAAGAUUUCCGAGCGUAGAAAGAUGCAGGAUGAGGCAGAAGGAACGAUGAUUGCUGGGCUGAACUUCACACAUCCGCUUCCGGAAGGGGACGAUGACGAGGACUACAUUGACACCGGAGCUGCCAUCCUCAGCUUCUACUGUACGCUGGUGGACCUGUUGGGUCGUUGCGCACCGGAUGCUGCCGUCAUUGAACUGGGCAAGAACGAAUCGCUGCGAGCUCGCGCCAUUCUGCGCUCGUUGGUGCCGCUGGAAGAUCUGCAGGGUGUGCUUAGUUUGAAGUUUACCCUAACCAAUCCGGCCGCUGGAGAAGAACGUCCCAAGUCGGACAUGCCGUCUGGUUUAGUUCCCGGACACAAACAGAGCGUGGUGCUGUUCCUAGAACGCGUGUACGGAAUUGAGGUACAGGAGUUGUUCUUCCGUCUGCUGGAAGAUUCAUUCCUGCCUGAUCUGCGUGCUGCCACCAUGUUGGACCGUAGCGAUGGUUCAGAGAGUGACAUGGCCUUGUCCAUGAACCGCUACAUCGGCAACUCGAUCUUGCCACUACUCAUCAAGCAUAGCAAGUUCUACAACGAAGCUGAAAACUACGCCAGCUUGCUGGACGCAACGCUGCACACGGUCUACCGUAUGUCAAAGAACCGUAUGCUAACCAAGGGUCAACGUGAAGCUGUGUCCGACUUCCUGGUUGCGCUGACCUCUGCCAUGCAUCCAGCUAUGUUGCUAAAACUGCUGCGUAAGCUGACCGUCGACGUUUCCAAGCUGUCCGAGUACACUACGGUGGCUCUGAGACUGCUGACGCUGCACUACGACCGCUGUGCCAAAUACUACGGAACGACUGGCAGUGGCCAGGCUUCCCAGUUCGGAGCAUCCUCCGACGAGGAGAAGCGUCUCACGAUGUUGCUGUUUUCGAACAUCUUCGACUCUCUGAGCAACAUGGAUUAUGAUCCGGAGCUGUUUGGCAAAGCUUUGCCUUGCCUGAUUGCUAUCGGUUGCGCUCUGCCGCCGGACUACAGCUUGUCCAAGAACUCCGACGACGAUCUGUACGGUAAGUGUACGAGCAGCCCGGACCAGCCGCACUACAAUCCACAGCCGAUCGACACCAACAUGGUGCAGCUGACCAACGAUCUGAACCAGAUCGUUCAAAAGUUCAGCGAACACUACCACGACGCUUGGGCAAGCAAGAAAUUGGAGAACGGUUGGAGCUACGGAGAGUCGUGGUCCGAUGCCAACAAGACCCAUCCCCGGCUCAAGCCGUACAACACGCUGAGUGAUUAUGAAAAGGAACGCUACAAGGAUCCAGUCCGCGAAAGCUUGAAGGCCUUGCUGGCACUCAACUGGCGCGUUGAACACUCGGAGGGUGACGUUCCGCUGUCGAAUCGUGGUUCGAUGCGCAGACAGUCCAAGCCAAAUCUUGAAUUGCAGGGAGAUACGGGAUCGCCGUUCAACUACAACCCGCAUCCGGUCGACAUGACCAACCUGACGCUAAGCAGGGAAAUGCAAAACAUGGCCGAACGACUAGCGGAGAACUCGCACGACAUCUGGGCCCAGAAGAAGUUCGACGAGCUGCACCAGUGCGGCGGCGCGAUCCACGCCCAGCUCGUGCCGUACGACCUGCUGACCGACAAGGAGAAACGCAAGGAUCGCGAGCGCUCGCAGGAGUUCCUGAAGUACCUGCAGUACCAGGGACUGAAGCUACACAAACCAUCCCGCGGAAUGACGGAAGAACCGGGAAUGACCGCAGCUGCGAUCGAAGCCCGUUUCGCUUACUCGCUGUUGGAGAAGUUGAUCUCGUACAUUGAUCGUGCCACCAUCAACAUGAAGCUGCUGAAGCCAUCGUCGACUUUCAGCCGGCGAACGUCGUUCAAGACCUGCUCGCGAGACAUCAAGUUCUUCUCGAAGGUGGUGCUUCCGUUGAUUGAGAAGUACUUCUCGUCCAACCGUAACUACUUUAUCGCGAUCGCAACGGCUACCAACAACGUUGGUGCGGCGUCCCUCAAGGAGAAGGAGAUGGUAGCGGCGUUGUUCUGUAAGUUGGCCAGCUUGUUGAGAUAUCGCAUGGCGGCGUUCGGCGCUGAUGUUCGCAUCACCGUACGUUGCCUGCAGGUGCUGGUCAAGAGCAUCGAUGCCAAAUCACUGGUGAAGAACUGUCCAGAGUUUAUCCGUACUUCGAUGUUGACGUUCUUCAACAACACCGCUGAUGAUUUGGGACAGACGAUCUUCAAUCUGCAGGAGGGCAAGUACGAUCGACUGCGUGGAACGCAUCUAAAGACGUCAACCUCGUUGGCGUACGUCAAUCAGGUCAUCUUGCCGAUAUUGACAUCGCUGUUCGAUCACUUGGCCGCGUGUGACUACGGUACGGAUCUGCUGCUGGACGAAAUCCAAGUAGCGUCAUACAAGAUUUUGUCGUCUUUGUACACCCUUGGUACGGACGCCAACUUGACGCGUGAUCGUAAGUAUCUCAAGACCGAGAUCGAGCGUCACAAGCCUGCACUGGGUUCGUGCCUGGGAGCAUUCAGCUCCGUCUUCCCGGUGGCCUUCCUGGAACCGUUUGCCAACAAGCACAAUCCGUUCUCGCUGCUGAAUCGCAUUGCCGACACUUCGCUUGAAGCCCAGGACAUCAUGACCAAGAUGGAGAGCUCGAUGCCGACGCUGGAGACGAUCCUGGCCGAAGUGGAUCACUUUGUCGAGUCGGAGAAGACGUAUCACGAAGCGCAACAUAUCAUUGACGUGAUUUUGCCACUGCUUUGCUCGUAUCUACCGUUCUGGUGGAACCAGGGCCCGGACAAUGUGAGCCCACAGUCUGGCAAUCACGUCACAAUGGUCACUGCCGAUCAUAUGAAUCUUUUGCUGAAGAAUGUGCUCAAGAUGAUCAAGAAGAACAUCGCCAACGAGAACGCACCAUGGAUGACGCGUAUCGCUAGCUUCACCCAGCAGAUCAUCAUCAACAGCAGCGAGGAGCUGCUGAAGGACGUCUUCCUGCCGCUGGCCGAACGUGUCAAGAAGCGCGUCGACAGCAUGUUCCACAAGGAGGAGAGCUUGCGAGGCUUCCUCAAGUCUUCCACCGACGACACGUCCCAGAUUGAGGCCCAGAUCCAGGAGGACUGGCAGCUGCUGGUUCGUGACAUCUACUCGUUCUACCCGCUGCUGAUCAAGUACGUCGACCUGCAGAGGAACCACUGGCUGAAGGACAACAUCGCCGAAGCGGAAGAGCUGUACAACUACGUGGCGGAGAUCUUCAACGUGUGGUCCAAGAGUCAGUACUUCCUGAAGGAGGAGCAGAACUUUAUCUCGGCGAACGAAAUCGACAACAUGGCGCUGAUCAUGCCGACGGCUACCCGACGUACAGCUGCCGUUUCCGGUGACAUGCCAGCAGCCGGAGGAAAGAUGAAGAAGAAGAAGCGUGCUCGAGACAAGAAGCGCGACAAGGACAAGGAGAUUCAGUCCAGCUUGAUGGUGGCCUGUCUCAAGCGUCUGCUACCGGUCGGGUUGAACCUGUUUGCCGGCAAGGAACAGGAACUGGUUCAGCACUGCAAGGAUCGCUACCUCAAGGUAAGAUUCGGGGAAAACCUGCCACACGACCGAUUCUUACAUUUCCGUUCUUUCCUCCAGAAAAUGCAAGAGUACGAGGUGAUCGAGUUUGCGCACACCCAGCUGACGCUGCCCGACAAGCUAGAUCCGGCGGACGAAAUGUCCUGGCAACACUAUCUGUACUCAAAGCUGGGCAAGAAGGAGGACAUUGUCGUGCAGGAGUCGAUCGAAAAGUCGGACAAGAAGCCGGGCAACAAGAUCGAGGAAACGGUCGAGCGAAUCGUCGCCAUGGCCAAGGUCCUGUACGGACUGCACAUGAUUGACCAUCCACAACAACAAAGUAAAAAUGUUUAUAGAAGUUGUGUCUCGAUACAGAGAAAACGAGCGGUUAUUGCUUGUUUCAGACAUGUCUCCUUACAUUCACUGCCAAGACACCGAGCGUGUAACAUCUUCGCCCGGACCUACUCCGAACAAUGGCUCGAGGACGAGAACGUUGGCCAGGAGGUCAUGAUUGAGGACCUUACUCAAACCUUCGAGGAUGCGGAAAAGAAGAAGAAGGAGGAAGAGGAGGAGGAGGGCAAGCCCGACCCGUUGACGCAGCUGGUUACGACCUUCUGCCGCGGAGCGAUGACCGAGCGAAGUGGCGCCCUGCAGGAGGAUCCGCUGUACAUGUCGUACGCGAGCAUCGUGGCCCGAUCGUGCGGUGAAGAGGAAGAAGAAGGUGGUGACGAGGAAGAGGGUGGCGGCGAAGAGGAAGCCGGUCCCAGUAUUCACGAACAAGAAAUGGAGAAGCAGAAGCUGCUCUUCCACCAGGCUCGUCUAGCGAACCGUGGCGUAGCCGAAAUGGUCCUGCUGCACAUCUCCGCCUCGAAGGGAAUCCCGUCGGAUAUGGUGAUGCGUACGCUGCAGCUGGGUAUCGCGAUCCUGCGCGGUGGCAACAUCGACAUCCAGAUGGGCAUGCUGAACCAUCUGAAGGAGAAGAAGGACGUUGGAUUCUUCACGUCCAUCGCCGGUCUUAUGAACUCGUGUAGCGUGCUGGAUCUGGACGCGUUCGAGCGUAACACCAAGGCCGAAGGGUUGGGAGUUGGUGCCGAGGGAGCUGCCGGUGAGAAGAACAUGCACGAUGCUGAGUUUACCUGCGCACUGUUCCGCUUUAUCCAGCUGACUUGCGAGGGUCACAACUUGGACUGGCAGAAUUAUCUGAGAACUCAGGCCGGUAACACGACCACCGUGAACGUGGUCAUCUGCACGGUCGAUUACCUGCUGCGACUGCAGGAAUCCAUCAUGGACUUUUACUGGCACUACUCCAGCAAGGAGCUGAUCGAUCCGGCCGGUAAGGCCAACUUCUUCAAGGCUAUCGGCGUUGCCAGUCAGGUGUUCAACACCCUUACUGAGGUCAUCCAGGGUCCGUGUACGCAGAAUCAGCAAGCACUGGCGCACUCCCGUCUGUGGGAUGCCGUCGGAGGUUUCCUGUUCCUGUUUUCGCACAUGCAGGACAAGCUGUCGAAGCACUCGAGCCAGGUCGAUCUCCUGAAGGAGCUGCUCAAUCUCCAGAAGGACAUGAUCACCAUGAUGCUGUCCAUGCUUGAGGGUAACGUCGUCAACGGUACCAUCGGUAAGCAGAUGGUUGACACUCUGGUCGAGUCGGCCUCCAACGUGGAGCUGAUUCUCAAGUACUUUGACAUGUUCUUGAAGCUGAAGGAUCUUACGUCUACCGCAAGCUUCACGGAAAUCGAUCCCAACGGCGACGGCUGGAUUAUGCCCAAGGACUUCCGCGAUAAAAUGGAACAACAGAAGAGUUACACUCCGGAGGAAAUUGACUUCCUGUUGGCUUGUUGCGAGACGAAUCACGACGGUAAGAUCGACUACAUCGGCUUCGUCGAUCGGUUCCACGAACCAGCCAAGGAAAUCGGCUUCAAUUUGGCUGUGCUGCUGACCAACCUUUCCGAGCACAUGCCCAACGAACCUCGCCUGGCUCGGUUCCUGGAAACUGCCGGCUCGGUGUUGAACUACUUUGAGUCGUUCCUGGGCCGUAUCGAGAUCAUGGGUUCGUCCAAGCGCAUCGAGCGUGUCUACUUCGAGAUCAAGGAGGAGAACAUUGAACAGUGGGAGAAGCCGCAGAUCAAGGAAUCCAAGCGUGCCUUCUUCUACUCGAUCGUCACGGAGGGUGGCGACAAGGAAAAGCUGGAGGCGUUCGUCAACUUCUGCGAGGACGCCAUCUUUGAAAUGACUCACGCUUCCGGGCUCAUGGCCAGCGACGACGACGGAGGAAACGUACGGCGCGAGGCGGCCUUCACGUACAUCAGUGAAGAGGAAGAGGAGCGCGCGGCAAAGGAUCCCGUCAAGCGGACCAUCCAGGCCGUCAAGGACGGUCUGUCCUACUCAUUGUACAUGAUCUCGCCCGCCAACAUCAAGCACCAGAUCGCAGUACUACAGACGAAAUCAUUCCCGGAAAUCAUCGUCGGCUUUUUCAAGAUGAUUUUCUAUGCAUUCUACUACUCUGGCUUUGGCGUGUCGCUUGUCAUCAAGUAUUUGAUCAACGUUCUGAUGUCGCUGAUGCGAGGACCGGCGCACGAAGAGGAAGAGGUGGUGCAGGAGGUGGAAGCGUUGCCUGCACUGCCACCACUGCCACAGGAAGAGCCACCGGGUACGGUGCAAGCCUUCGGGUUGGACAUCAGCAAGGAAGAAAACGGACAGUAUCGCAUACAAGCACACGAAUCACCCGCCCUGAGCCCAUCGUCUUCGGUUGAAGAGACCGGCGAAAGCAGCCCGGAGGACGGUGGACCGGAAGCUGCCGGUACCGGUGAAUCUCCGAUGACACUGGUCGAUCUGUUGGGCGGUGAAGCCGCCAAGCGGGCCGCCCAGGAACGGUCGGAAGCUCAAAAGGCACAGGAAGCGACGCUCGCUAGCAUUGAGGCCGAGUCGAAAAAGACGUCGGCCGAACCGAAGGAACCCGCUGCCGUCACCCAGAUCGACUUCUCCAAGUACUCGAAGAAGGCCGUCAGUUAUCUGGCGAGAAACUUCUACAACCUCAAGUACGUGGCACUUGUGCUGGCGUUCGGAAUCAACUUUAUGCUGCUGUUCUACAAGGUAACGACAUUCGGCGACGAUGAGGAAGCUGCCGAGGGAUCUGGCGAGGAUUUGAUGGGACUGGCAUCGGGAAUGGGCUCUGGACUGGUUGACGCCGUACUGGAAGGCGGUAGCGGCGAAGGAGGUAGCGGGGAAGGUGAAGAGGACGGCGAAGAUCCGCUGGAGAAGGUCGAAGUGGACGAGGACUUCUUCUACAUGGAACACGUGAUGCGUAUUGCCGCCUGCCUGCACAGCUUGGUUUCGCUUUGCAUGCUGAUCGCGUACUACCACCUCAAGGUUCCGCUGGCCAUCUUCAAGCGUGAAAAGGAAAUUGCUCGACGACUGGAAUUCGACGGACUGUUCAUUGCUGAGCAACCCGAGGACGACGAUAUCAAAUCCCACUGGGACAAGCUGGUCAUUUCGGCCAAAACGUUCCCCGUCAACUAUUGGGACAAGUUUGUCAAGAAGAAGGUCCGCGCAAAGUACAGUGAAACGUAUGACUUCGACUCGAUUUCGAACUUGCUCGGCAUGGAAAGAAACGCAUUUGCCGCACAGGAAGGCACCGAGGGUGUUGGCUUCUUCCACUUUAUUGCAAACAUCGACUGGAGAUACCAGAUCUGGAAGGCCGGCGUUACCAUCACGGACAAUGCGUUCCUGUACUCGCUGUGGUACUUUAUCUUCUCGGUUAUGGGCAACUUUAACAACUUCUUCUUUGCCGCUCACUUGCUCGAUGUGGCCGUCGGUUUCAAGACGCUGCGUACGAUCUUGCAGUCCGUAACGCACAACGGCAAGCAGCUGGUGCUGACGGUGAUGCUGCUCACGAUCAUCGUGUACAUCUACACCGUAAUUGCGUUCAACUUCUUCCGUAAGUUCUACAUCCAGGAGGACGACGACGGCGAGGAAGGUGAUCGCAAGUGUCACGACAUGGGCACCUGCUUCGUGUUCCAUCUGUACAAGGGUGUCCGAGCAGGCGGUGGUAUUGGUGACGAAAUUGGCGAUCCGGACGGUGACGAGUACGAAGUGUACCGUAUCCUGUUCGACAUCUCGUUCUUCUUCUUCGUCAUCGUUAUCCUGCUUGCCAUCAUCCAGGGUUUGAUCAUUGACGCUUUCGGUGAGCUUCGUGAUCAGCUGGAGUCGGUCAAGGAGGACAUGGAGUCCAACUGCUUCAUUUGCGGCAUAGGAAAGGACUACUUUGAUAAGGUACCCCACGGGUUCGACACGCACGUGGCCCAGGAGCACAACCUGGCGAAUUACAUGUUCUUCCUUAUGCAUUUAAUCAACAAACCGGACACCGAGUACACCGGCCAGGAGACGUACGUGUGGAACAUGUACCAACAGCGAUGCUGGGACUUCUUCCCGGUCGGUGACUGCUUCAGGAAACAGUACGAAGAUGAACUGGGCGGUGGCGGCAGUAGCUAAUUGCUAAACCUCCAGUAACAACAUAAGCAAAACACCAGCAAAUGUAGAGAUAUAGGGAGACAAACCAAAGAGAUCGUGAGACACAAACGAACACAACCAACCAAACAAUCAGCAGAAAUAGGAGAAAUUUUUUAAAGACAUAUUUCAAAGAACCUUUACAAUAUUGAUCGAAUAUUCCAAAGAAAUCCUCUUUAACUUUGAACCCGCAAUCACUUUUCAACUCUGAAUCACUAACAAAAAGAAAAGAUGUCAAUUUUGAUUCAACUUCGAUAGAUCGUCAUACACAAUCAAACCAAACCAAAUAAAACCGGAAUCAUUAUAGAGCGUAGAAAGACCUCGGUGGAAGAAUUUUGCGAAAACGACCAACCGGAAAAGGGAAACUAUUGUUUAGAGAAAAAACUGUGCGCGCAACGCAACGGAAGCGCGGCGGUAUUCUUUUUUGCGAACGAAAUACAAUGUCUUAGUUUUUGUUGAGAGAGAAAGCAAAAGACAAAAACCAGUCAACAGCACAACAAAGCACUCAGAUUUAACUUUUGAUUUGUUUUAUUUUGGUUACAUUGUUGCUGCCUAUUUCUUUUGAUAGUUUUAAGUUUUCUCUCUUUUAUAUUUUUAAUGAAACUGUUAAAAUACAAAAAAAAAAAUCUAUAAAAAAAAAGCUGCUGGAAGGAGAUCGAAACCCUGGAAGAAUUAAAGAUUUAUGAAAAACUGUAGUUAAUAUCUUACACUUUUUACCUAGUUGGAGAGAUUUUACUAUUAAUAAUAAAACAGAUCGAUUACUUAUGAGUAAAA